AUGAGCGAGCCGGACGUGAGAGGAAGCGAGGACAGGCUGGGUGGACAAAGGGUCAACACAUUCUCAGGAGGAGAGCACCACAUCCCUGAGCCGCCCCUGAUACCUCCUCGGUGCCCCGCCCUCUCUUAUCAAGGACGCGUGCAGCCACCAUCAGUCGAGGAGCCAGUAGCAGAUAGAUCUUACCGCAGGAUCAAUGAAGAGAUGUCCUUUAGAGACCAUUACACCUCGCAGAACAGACCAAAGAUAAGGAAGGGGAGUGAGCCCCGAAAGCCACGUGAUCGGAGAAUGAGGUCCCGGCAGGAGAGGAGACAGGGGAUGACCAGGCCAGAGGAAUGUGUACCCGGGGAAAAAAGGAACAAGACACACGCCAACACACGCCAGAAAGUGGACGGCAUUGUGAUCGACGACAAACAAUCACAGCUGAAUCCUGCCUCAUCCUCUUACUGGGCUGGGAGGCUGCGAGGCGACGAGGUGGGAGGGAAGUUGGCCGAUCACACUGACCUUGAGCUGCCGAGACCAAACCCCAGACCCCCAACAGAACCAGCACCGAAACACAACACAUCCAACAGAUCCUCCCCCAAAAUACCCACAAGCCAAUACCCUACGGAACACCCAGCACCUCCCCCAACACUCAACACCCAAAACCCUUCCCACAAAACCCAAAAGACUCUUCACACCCAACACCCUAAUCCCAAAACCUCUCCACCAACACCCUCCCCCUCCCCCAACACCCUACCACCACUGCCUCCACCCCCCACCAGCCACCAGCAGCAUCCCGUGAACGCUGAGUCGAUCUCAUGUCGGAGGCGCAUCAGAGGCCAUCCACUCCAGCCCAGCAUCGACCUGGACAGCCUCUGA